AAAAACAUUAUUAUUAACAAUAAUUUGUAGUAUUUUAAAAAAUAAUAAUAAUUUCAUAAUAACACCGAUAGCCAGCAAUGGUCCGCAGUAUCCAUAGGAGUACUCACAGUCUGAGCCACUACUCGGCCAGUUUGAGCCGAUACGCGCCCCGUAGUACUGAAUUUAAUGUCAUUAAGUAUACAUUGUUGGUGUUUAUGAUACUCCAACUAUUCAACAGCAUCUGGAUCUGUAUAUUCAUUACUAGCCAGUCGUGGUGGGAGCUGAACGCCGCCCGCGAUGAUCUCGAAAAGAUAUCAGCGGUCAACACGUGGUAUAUAGUUUCGCUAACCUUUGUCAUACUAGCCGACUGUGUCGACCUGUUUCUGAUGUUCGGUAUUUGGAUGGACCGCCGGGACUGGACUAUAGCCACCUGUCUAUUGUCUCUAUUGUUCGCCAUCUACGGUAUAUCCAGUGUCUAUACCAGAGGCAGUAUUACCUGUUUUGUUAUACCGUUUGUCAUAUUUACGUUGUCGGCAAUGUUUCUUUGGAUGAUCAGAAACGAACAGGAGAUGUACGACGUGUCCACUCCCGGUAGCGGCUACAGGACGGCCACCACUGCCAUCAAAACGGGAUAUUAG